AUGAGCCGCGCGGUGCGCGCGGCGUUCGUCCUCCUCCUCGCCGGCCGCGGCUGCGCCGCCGAGGAGGAGGUCACGAUUCAGUCUUGCACAGCUUCAGGGGGAAAAUGCGAGCAAGCGUACGACGACAUGAUCGAUGACCAGGAAGGGUCUUGGUACCACGAGUACGUGUGUGGCUCCUCCAGUUGGAUCGAAUUCGACCUCGGGGGCGUCAAAGCCAUCGACCGGGUUGUUCUUCGAGGCAGGUAUCGUAAGGGUGGGGGCUACAUCCCUUUGCUUCAGGAGACAUCGGACGAGAUACUCAUCUCUGGUUCUGGGAAUCCCGAAUUGACGUUGCAGGAUACAAACGGCGAAGAGUGGGUUGAUCGUGCAGUCGAUUUCGUUGGACAGACAAUUCGUUUUACGUAA